UACUCAUUGUUUCUUUGUUUUAUCGACAAUAACAAGGGAAUAUCAAUAUUGUUCUUACAUUAAAAAUAUCCAAAUAAUUGCCCUACUUUGCAUCAAAGCAAAUACAUGAUUUGGGGAGUAAACAAAUGUAAAUAUUUAUAUAUUUCAUAAGCUUAUCUUCACAGUGCUGAAUGCUGUGUCAUAAAAUACAUCUAAAUCGACACAUCUUUACUGGGGGCACGCCGCUGUGUUAGUCAGGUAGAUUUUGGCCCCAGGGCCCCGGAUUAAGACGAUCAGGAAGUAGAGAUGGACCCGAAAAACACUUCUCUAGAUCUUGAUUUCAUAAUAACCAAACCAGCUAUGGGCUGUGUAUCGAGGAGGAAUGUCAUUUGGACGGCACUGUUCAUUACAGUUUGUAAAGUGGUUCUGUUGUAUAAAGCUUUGGUUUAUUUGGAGAACUCGGCAUAUAACGGUGUUGAGGUUUCUGUGCAAUCAUCAGAUGAUUCCAUCGGAUUCGGGGAAUUCCGGAAUGGUAAAUUUAUCAUAACAGAGAUAAAUUCGGCUGCAUCUUUAGAUCAUGUUGAAAAAAGCAGGAAAAUUGUCACAGAUUACAUGAUAGAUUUCGGAAAUGAAAUAUACGCCAACAGAAAUUUUACAAGAGAAAAACGAAUGUUACGAACGAGUACUUUGAAUUUUUCACCUAAAAUUAUUAAAACAUCUACAAUCGAAAAACUUUUACCAAAUAUUGAGGAUCCGGUCAAUGAUAGGAUAUUUGAGCAGAUAAUCCAUAUCCCCAUACAAUAUUCAAACAGCAGUGAGUUUAAAAUUAUCUACAUGUUUGGGGGUCAAAGGGGAUGGGGUCACCCCGAAGGCCAGAGUUUAUUUCUAAUGGAAGAUUGCUUAGUAAAUCGAUGUCGCUUUACGUAUGACAAGAAAAUGGCAAGUUCGGCUGAUGCCGUGGUGUUCGGAAAUCCCAAUCAAAUUCGUAUUCGUCCUCCUUUUCGCAAGGCCUCCCAAAAUCAGAUAUGGAUUGUUUCUGCCAUUGAAGCCCCUCCCAAUACAGGACGCCUUCAGAACUACCGUGGACUUGUCAACUGGACCAUGACAUACCGAACAGAUUCCGUUAUAGCUACUCCUUAUUUCAAAUAUAAAGCUUUUCCUGAAAAAGUUUCGGUCAGCAUAAAAAAUUAUUCUGAGGGUAAGCAGAAGAAGGUAGUUUGGUUCGUGAGUAAUUGUAAUAGGGAGACCAGCGGGCGCAUGAAGUAUGCUAGGGAACUUCAGAGGCACAUACCCGUGGACAUAUAUGGACGCUGUGGUGAUCUGAAGUGCGCUAAAAGCAAACCUUGGUGUAAAACAAUGGUGAAGACUGAUUAUAAAUUCUAUCUGGCAUUUGAAAAUACGAAAUGCAAAGACUAUAUGACGGAGAAAAUUAUGACCGCUUAUACGAAUGAAGUCAUUCCAGUAGUUCUUGGUGCUGCACCUUCAGAAUACCAUAGUGCUUUGCCAGCUCAUUCCUACAUUGUUGUGGAGGACUUUAAGUCGCCUAAAGAGUUAGCCGAAUAUCUGCUAAAACUUGAUAAAAACGAUGACUUAUACAAUGAAUACUUCCGUUGGAAGUCUUAUGGCGACUUCGUUGCAUCCAAGCCGUGGUGCCGUGUGUGUUCUUUAUUACACGAACAAGCACUUCCGUCCAUCUGGUACGAUGAUAUUGACGCAUGGUGGCGCUCAGAGGGUUCAUGUUUAAAUAAAAAUAUAUCAUGGUGGAGCAAUAUCAUUGACAAAUAGACAGUUGGUUUUUUUUAAAAAUCUUUUUUGUUUGUUUGUUUCUGAUGGAUAUAUUAUUAUUAUAAGAUGUGCCAAAGAAUAUUU